UUCGAAGUUCGAGUACUUUGCUUUGCAGUUUGACAAUUAACAUGACACAUCAUUAAAACUUUUGAAUUUUUCUUUCAAAAUAAAAAAUCUCUGGAUAUUGUUCGUUGAACAUUUAUUUACUAAAUAUUUUAAUGAAUUAUUGGAGAAAGUGUAACAUUUCUCACGUAGGAAACCAUGCACUAACAAUAUGGAAUAUUUAAUCGCGCGGCGAUGGUUUCUAAACCUGACGAACUGUAACCAAAAUUAUAUGAAUAACUCACUGAUAAGUUAAUAAAAUAAAUAGUGAACUUUCGUAAGCCAAUACACGAUGUCAGAAGUUAAGGGAACAAAAGCUUUGGAAUUAUGGUGCAAACGGUUAGUGAAGGAUUGUCCAGAUGUGCAAAUAGAUAAUAUGACAACAUCAUGGAGAAAUGGAAUGGCUUUCUGUGCUUUAGUUCAUCAUUUUAGACCAGAUUUGAUAGAUGUUUCGAAAUUAAACCCAGAAAAUAUAUACGAGAAUAAUAAAUUAGCGUACAGUAUUGCUGAGAAACACUUGGGUAUUCCAUCACUAUUGGACCCUGAGGAUAUGGUAGAGAAUGAGAUUCCUGACCGAUUAUCAAUUUUAACAUAUUUAUCACAGUUCUACCAACGGCUGGGACAUACUGUGAACACAAAAUCAUCUGAAAGUGAGCCUAAAGUAUCAUCAUCAUCAACAAAUCAAGCAACAACUCCAAUCAAAUUUGGAAAAGUGGCUCUAGAUAAAUGUGCUGCAUGUGGGUUGCCUGUGUACUUGGCCCAAAGACUCAUGGUGUCGCAGAAGCUGUAUCACAGGAGCUGUUUUAGAUGUUCCAAGUGUUCUGGACAUUUGAAUCCAAAAAAUUAUCACAUCAUUGAUAAUUCUGAGUUUUCCUGUGAUACAUGUAAAAAUGAUAAAAACUCACCCAAAUUAUUUAACAACAAUGACCAAAUAGGAAUGCUGGCAUUCAGUGGUGAUGCGAAUUCAGGGCAAGGUCUCAAAUAUGAACAACCAGUUAGUACAAAAACUUUACCAAGACCACAGUCAAUAUUAGAAAAAAUAAAUAUGUUUGAAAAAAACAUAGAAAAAGAUGACAGUAUUCACGAUAAAAUAGGAAACAUUAGUUUAAAAAAUAAUUAUAAUGAUAAGUGUAAUGAUAAUGAAGUGUUUAUAUCAAGUGAUGUCCUCAAAACUGCUAACAUUAAUAGUUUAGACAUCAAAACCAUAAAUCAAGAAUUUGAUUUAGCACCAAAGGAAGAUAGUAAUUUACAACUAGACAGUGGCAAUAUUUACAAAAAUAUACCCAAAAAAACUUAUACAAGCAGUAAAGAUAAAUUUGACUUUUUACAAACUCAAUUAUCUGAUGACACUUUAGACUCUGAAGUUACAAUUAACAACCAAAAAGAAAAUAGUCCUGUACAUAUCAAAGAUGACUGUGUUACAAAUGAUGAAUUAACUAGUCCUGAACAAAAUGGCAUAUCAAAUAAUUUAGAAGCUGAAAGUAAUAUAACUGAUGAUAAUAGAUUAGCACAAAAUAAUUGUAUUCCAUCAAAUGUAGACACUCCUUUACCAUCAAAUGAAUUAACUAAAAAUGAACAAGAAAUUAGUAUAAGUGUUCCACCCAGGAGAAAGAAGCAAAGUUUAAUUGAUAAGAAGUUAGAUAGUAUUCCAGGAGAUGUAGGGAAUUCUUCAAUUAAAGAGUCAAUACAUUCGCCUAUAAAACCUGUUGAAGAAUAUCCUGAUAAUUUAAAUCCAUUUUCUGAUGAUGAUGAUGAUGAUGAGGAAGAGCGUGAUAAGACUGAAAUGCCGCGAAGAGUUAGCACAAAUCCAUUUGGAAGCAGUGAAGAGGAGGAAGAUGAUGAAGUUCCACCUAUUCAACCACCGCCAAAAAUACCUGAUCUUCAGUCAUCAACUCCAAUGAAAAAGCUAAUCAAAGCCUAUAAUCCUUUCUGGUCUGAUGGAGAGGAACCAUCUUCAGAGGAAGAAACAUGUGAUGAAAGUUCAAGUAUGCACAAAUCAUCUGUAACAACCAGCACACCAAACCUCCCAGCAAGCACCCCACGUAGGAAACCGAAGGCUCCUCCCCCACCGGCUGUCAUCGCUGAGUACUUGGACGUGCCAUCCACCUCGAUGGACGAUGUUGCCAGCAUAUCGUCAUUUAGCUCCCACACCUCUACCAUACACUCUGAUCAGAAAUCCUUCGGGAAGUCCACUCCUAAACUAAAGAAGAAGCGACCUGCGCCUACUCCUCCAGACAGUCUUUCGACGCUGUCAGGAUGUGGAGAAUCUAUGGAAAAAGGUGUCGAUUUGUCGGACGUACGCAACACAUCGGAUGGAGGUCGGCGCGUGAAAGGCCCGGCGCCAGGGCUGCCGCUGCCCGAGCGGCGCGAGGUGAAGAUGCAGAUGUCGCCGGAACAGCUGCAGGUGCAGCUCGACAUGCUGGAGACGCAGCAGCUGGGCCUGGAGCGGCAGGGCGUGCUCAUCGAGCGGAUGAUCCGCGACAAGUGUGAGGGCGACGAUGGACCGACCGCGCCGCAAGAGGAAAUAGAAGACCUAGUUAUACAACUGUGUGAACUAGUCAACGAGAAAAAUGACCUGUUUAGGAAACAGACCGAGCUAAUGUACAUCCGAAGGCAACAAAGACUUGAACAAGAGCAGGCCGAUAUAGAGCAUGAAAUCAGGGUUUUACAGUCGCGACCCGCCGUCAACAGAAUUGAUGCGGACAAGGUGCGCGAGGAGCAGCUGGUGUCGCGGCUGGUGCAGAUCGUGCGGCUGCGCGACGAGCUGGUGCAGCAGCUGGACGCCGAGCGGCGCCGCGAGCGACAGGAGGACCGCGCCAUCGCCGCCUCCAUCGCCUCCAAGAGAGCUCAAAGAAACAGCGAGUCAAAUAGUUCAUCAAUGAAGUCAGCUGACGCGGUGGCACCGGUAAAGAAAAAUAAAGUAAAGGAUAAAGUCAAAAAACAAUUGAAAAAGGCUAAACACACGUUGAUAUCGAAGAAAAAAGACGACGAGAAAACUGAAAAAGACAAAGAGAAAACAGAAAAAGGCAAAGAGAAAGCUGAAAAAGACAAGAAACCGAAAUGAAUUUAAAUAAUAAUGAUUUUAUUUACUUCACUAACAUAGAUCUUUUAAAUUAAUUAUUGAUAUUUAUGUAUAUACAAUGAGAUAUUAAGGGGUGCAUUAAAAUUAACCUUUUACUUUUAUGCAAACAGAAACUAAACAGAAUCUUGGCUUGGCUGAAAUUCACGCUAUUUGUAUUAUAAACGCCAAGUGGUUAUUUUAAACCUUUGUUUAAUGUGGCUCGAUAGAAGCUUGGUUUAAGUUCAAUGCAUUUGUAUAGCAAGUUGUCAACUUAAACGUUUACUUACUGUGUGUACUUAACCGUUUAGUUGAAAUUAACUUUAGACAAAAGAUUGGCAGCUUAUUUGUGUUGUACACUCCAAGUAUUUAAUUUAAAUCUUUAAUUACUGAUUGAAGCUUAGUUUACUUCAGUGCAUUUAUAUAGCUAAGUUGUCAACUUAAACAUUUACUUACUGUGUAUACUUAACAGUUUCGUUGAAGUUAACUCUAUACAAAAGCUUGGCAGAAGUUUACACCUAACAAGAUUAGCAUAUUUGUGUUGUGUAUGCCAAGUAUUUAAUUUAAAUAUUUAAUUACUGUUGUUCAACCGAAGCUUAGCUUACUGCAGUGCGUUUAUAUAGCCAAGUUGUCAACUUAAUCCUAUACUUACUGUGUGUAAACUGUCGACAUACCCUUAAAUUAGUUUAAGGGCUGCCUGCAAUUUAUAUUUUAUAUCCUAGAUUGUUAAUUGAAAUGCACCCUUAAAAAUAACCCUUAAAUGUCCUGUCAAUAGCAGGCCGCGUGAAGUACUUAAGAAGACUGAAACAUUCCACUAAAAAUUGUAUGAAUAUAAAAAGGAUGGUAAGGUAAGGUAAAAUCAGUCAGUGUAGUACUACAUUUACUUGUAUUCAUGUACAUAAUACAAUGUAUGUAAUGUUGAAAGAAAAGUAAAUACAGCUAUUUACUUUUCUUUCAACAUCUAAAUACAUCAUAUUAAAUAAUCAAAAAUUGUUGUCAAUUUAAUUUUUUUUAUCGUAGCAAUAUUCAAAAAAAUAUUCUUUUUGUUAUCUAAAUUUUUUUUGCAUUAUUUAAAAAAAGACAUAUUUUAUAUACCACAUUACUAAGCACAAAAAAUAUUUAAGUUUUGUAAAAAUAUGUACUUAUGAGAUUUAAUAAGCUCAAAAAUUAAAUGUUUAAUAUUAUUUUAGCAUUUUGGUGCAAUUAUUUAUUACUUUAAAUUAAAAGCCAUUUUUAUAUACUUUUUAUAAAUAAGUGAACAGUAUUAUUUUCUUUUUAUAUGGCAGUACAUUUUUUGUUUAAUAUAUUAGAAUCUCUAUUCACAUUGAGCUAUUUAUUAAUAAUUUUGAAAAAAAAUUGUACAUUUUCUUCUAAGGUAUUGAUAAAACCUAUUCAAUAACUUUAGAUUUAACAGCAUAUCUCUAAAUUUCUCGUUCUUAUCUCAAUAAUAACUCGAUUACAAAGAUUUAUUAGAUUAUAAUAAUUUUAAAUUCCUUCCGUGGAACUUCUAACCUAGAUUAUAUAUAAGAUAAUAUUAAAUAAUCUAAUUUAAAGAAACUGCAUCUUUUGCACUUCGUAUAAUCUACUUAACCACCAAAAUUGCACUUAAGGAUUAAUAACUGUAAUCCAUAGGUUUAAGUAUGUAAGUACUAACAUACUUGAAUUCUGAAUUUUGAUUAAAUUUAUUUAUAGGCCACAGACUGCUACUGUGUAUUCUCUGUUCGCAGAAGUGAUAAGAUAUUAUAUUAUUUAUUGAUAUUAAAAAAAUGUGACUACUGCAAUGGCAUAUUAUUAUAUUAAGUAAGAUUAUCAUAUUAUAUUUUUGAACUGCCAUAACUUUUGACUUGAAUAUUAUUAUUAGUAUCACAUAUUUUGUUAAUUUAAUAGAUAAAUUAAAAAAAAACAAGAUAUGAAUUAUAAGUGCCUAACCUAAACUAUCAUUUGUUUAAUAUUUUAUUAUAAAAAUCGAAUUACUAAUAUAAAGCUACAGUUACUAUGAUUCUAAAAAUCUAUUAUGUAUUGUAUAUGUAGCUACACUCAGCAUAAGUUCUAAGAUAUAAUAAAAAUAGUCUUUAUUUACAAUUGUUGAAAUAAAGCAAUAGUAUCAAUAUAAUACUCUCUAUCUUUUUUUACAUUUUGUUUACUUCUUAUUUAGUAUUUACAUUUGUUGUGAAUUCACAAUAUUAUUUAAAUUUUGUUAAGCCUAAAACUACACCUGAAAUAAAUGUUUAUCUUUAACACAUGUUUAAAUUUGUUAGUGCACUUUUGAAUCAAACCUGUAAAUGCACAAAAUUACUUUUUUUAAUUAUACAUCAUUUAUGAUUUAUUGAAAA